GCCCAGCUUGUUAAAUGGUUCGUGGUAUUUCUUGCCUUUGUUCGUGUCUCUUGAAAGUAAUCUUUAAAACAGUCACCUUAAUCGUUCCAACCCAACUAUCUUUCCAUAUAUCCGUCACAAUGGGCUCACUAGAAGGCUCCCUCGAGCCAACCCUCGACAUCACCACCCUCCACGACUUAUACACAACCAAAAAAGUCACACCCACCGACCUCAUAAACCACAUCUACGACCGCAUCGAAUCCUACCCCGACAAAGCCGUCUGGAUCCACCUCAUCCCGCGCGACGAAGCCCUGUCAGCUGCAACGACCCUGACAAAGCAAUACGCCCACACGACCUCCCCCCUGCCACCCCUCUACGGCAUCCCCUUUUCCGUAAAAGACUCCAUCGACAUCGCCAACAUCCCGACAACCCUCGCCUGCCCCUCUUUCGCAUACACACCCACCGAAACGGCCCCCGUCGUAUCCAAAGUCCUCGCCGCAGGCGCCAUCCUCAUCGGAAAAGCAAACCUCGACCAGUUCGCCACCGGCCUCGUCGGCCACCGCUCCGCAUACGGCACGCCGCGCUGCGUCUUUGAUUCCGAAUACAUCUCCGGCGGGAGCUCGUCUGGGUCCGCGGUGGGUGUCGCCGCGGGCCUCGUCUCGUUUGCCAUUGCGACGGAUACGGCGGGGAGUACGCGCGUGCCGGCGGCGUUGAAUGGGCUUGUGGGGUUGAAGCCGACGCUCGGGACGGUUUCGACGGUCGGGCUUGUGCCGGCGUGUAAGACGGCGGAUUGUAUUACGGUGCUUGCGGGGAGUGUGCAGGAUGCGAGGGUUGCGUGGAGGGCUAUGAGGGGGUUUGAUGAGGGGGAUGUUUUUGCGCGGAGGGAAGUUCCUGUUCUGCCUGCUUUUGGGGAUGUGGUGAGGUUUGGGGUUCCGCCGGAGGAGCUGUUGGAUGUUCUUUCAAAGCCGUACAGGGCGUUAUUUGAGCAGUUUGUCGGUGCACUGUGCAGCUCCGGCAAAGAGGUUGCAGUGCAGCUGCAAAAAACCGACUUCGACUACACCCCUUUCCAAUCGGCAAACAACAUGCUCUACGGGAGCUCGAUCGUCGCGCAGCGCCUCGUCGCCUUUGACGAGUACAUCCAGACCCACGGCCUCGACAAACUGCAUCCAGUCAUCAAAACAAUCUUCGAGUCCUCAUCAGGCUUCGACGCCGUGCGCGCCUACAAGGACAUUUUCGAUCUCGCCCUGUACAAGCGCCAAGCAGAGAAGCAAUUUCUCGAGAACAUCGACGUGCUCAUUGUCCCGUCGACAGUGACACACUUCACUGUUGCAGAGAUCGACGAGGAUCCCAUCCAGCGGAAUAAGCUGAUGGGGAGCUUUACGCAUUUCGUGAACCUGCUGGAUCUCUGUGCGGUUGCGGUGCCGGUGGGCAAGUGGAGGAAUGCAAAAGGGAACAUGAUGCCGUUUGGGAUUACGCUUAUUGGGCAAGCGGGGAGGGAUGAGGAGUUGAUGCGGUUGGGCGAGGGGAUUGUGGAGUAUAUGAAGCCUCGGUUGAAGGUUGUAUGA